AUGGCCCGCGAUGAUGCAGAGGGUGCAACGGGGGAGUGGGUGGCUUUGCUGGGCUUCAGUCAAGGCGUCAAAGUCGCGGCCAGUCUUCUUUACCGACAGCAGAUCCUAGGCAACGCGACGUCCGGGGCUCAAUUCCGCUUCGCUGUCCUCUUGGCUGGCCGGGCACCGCUCAUUGCGCUAGAUGUUGGGAUGAACACGAGCUUAGUCUUCCCCCACGCGUCACAAAUUACAUAUCACCCCCAUCCUCAACGAGAAGUUUACGAUGCGCAGAAACCGACUUUACGUAUCCCCACGCUGCAUGUUCAUGGCCCGCAGGACGCAGGAGUGGAUCUCCAUAGAAUUUAA